UUUUAUUUGUAUUGUUUGUACGUUACUGAUAUUAUUCGUAGCAGAAUUCUCAAAAUAUCAUGGAGGGACAGGCAUAUUGCAUGGUAAUGAGGGUUAAUCUUGAUUGCAACUCCUGUUGCAGGAAAAUGAGGAGAAACAUUUUAAACAUGAAAGAAAUAGAAAAGCACCUGAUAGAAAAGCAGGAAAACAGAGUCAGUGUAUGCGGAAGGUUUAAACCAGCUGAUGUUGCCAUAAAACUAAGGAAAAAAAUGAAGCGUAGAGUUGAAAUUCUUGAAAUCGGAGAGGUGGUUACUCAUUACGAGGCACAAGAGGAAGCUCCGAUCAUAGACCGCUACAUACAUUAAAGUAGCAAAGUUCUUAUAAUAAAAUUGUAUGAUGUAAAUAUGUACAUGUAAAUAAUCCUUCAAAUUUUAUUUUAUUUGAAUAAUGUGAAGAAUCAUCGAUGAACGUACAGUUCAGCAUCUCUGUCAUUACUAUAUAUGCUAAACUGUAUAAACAAUUAGACGUCGUUGCAUA